GGAGAGCCAAGCCACAACAUUUACAAUCUGAGUACGACGUUUCGCCAGUAAUUACAACUAGCUUCAUCAGGCAGCUGAUGAAGCAAGUUGUAGCUGUCUUGUCACGUUAACAAAUCGUGCCAUCAGUUACUGCUUCAGCACACCGGCGUGUUGGAGAGUAAACCCACAACAUUUAUAAUUCGAGUACAAAGUUUUGCUGGCCAUUACAACUAGUCUCAUCAGGCGAUUAGGCAGAAUUGUGAAAAAGUACUCCUGUUUUGGUCUUCCUAAUUGGCUGUGUUGGAUCGUGGCAUUUUUAAUGACACAUUUAUAUUUACACGAUCUAACCCAAAAAAAAACCUUUACUAUAGAUAUUUGUCUCGAAAAGCCUACGUGUUAAACUGUGAUGGCGACGAUGGUGAUGCUGCUGCACCAGUGUUGGGCUCCCACCAGCCCGGUUAUCCCUGGUGUAGCUGCGUGGGCGGUGCGCGCCCAUCUGAUGGAGAGAGCGUCGCUGACGACACCACUGCCAGCGCAUUCCAGCGAUCAAAUUAAUCCACCUGCGCUUGCUGUCACUUGAGGGCUGGAAAACCUGCGGUGGACUCUUGUGGCUUCUCUAACCGAAGCCGUGAGCCACCGAUAUCCUUAACCAUAACCAAACCCACCAGCCCAACUGCAGAACUUGAGCCCCAAUCUCGAAAACGUGAGUCUAACCAGACUCAACACCUUUAUCCCAUAACCCUAACCCAUAACACAAAUCCCAUAACUCCAUAUCUAAAUCCAUAACCCUAACCCAAACUCACCAGCCUAACCAAAAUUAUCUGCAUUAUUAAUACUCAAGAUCUAAUCAUAACCCCCUGCAACCUUCUACGUUAACCUUACCUCUAGCCCAGAACCCAAAAUCCUAACCCACAGCAGCAGCGCAAGGCUAUGCGCAGUGGAGGUCGGGAGAGAAUGCAUGUCUUAACUCGGGCUGUGCAGGUGGGUGGGGGGCUGGGGGCUUUACAAGGGACCAAGUCAUUAGUGGACAUUCCUUGCUCUUCAGAAGACGCAACUACUGUUUACUUUCAAAGAGUGCUGCUCGAUUUAUGAGAGCUGCGCUACCCAGUUACCCAGGUGAUCGAUUUACUCUGCCGGUUAUCGGAUCAAUUAUUCAAAUAAUCUGACCACACAAAUGGUUUUGGAAGGGCAAAAAUGUCUCGCCUCUACUGCCACGUGUGUUGCGCCAUGCUGGAGGUGGUUAGCAGGGUGGGUGGGGUUCCUGCAUGAUGGGACAGAAUUCUGGUUCGAGACUUUCAGUUGGGAGGGAUAAGAUAAAUGUGAAUCACGCCAUCAAAUAAAUACUGCGCAUAUCGUAAUAGUUGCGGGCAGCUCCUGCAUGCCGGCAUGGCAGCAUACAAGCUCAGGUGUUUUUUUAAUAAGGGGGAUUCAUUCAAUAGCAGCAACUUACUUUUGUGUUGUUAAUUGUUAAGACUUAUCAUUUUGAUGUGGUAGUGGUGUAAUUGUGGGAAAUAGUUUUGCUCCAGGUAUAGGAUCACAAUCGUGGCACUUAUUUGUAUGGCGCAUGAAUGCGUACGAGACUUUUAUUUUCCUUAUGGUGAAAUAUUUUACCCUUUGCACUCGCUGUCGAUUCAACGUUUUGUGAAUGUUUCUGUAUAUAAUUAAUUUCAACUCGUAAUACCCACGCCCGCUAUUCGCUCACUCUCGUAGAGAGAGAACGACUUCGAGGCACAAGGAGCAAGCGCCAACAAUUUCCCGAGCUCUGCUGCCCUCUGUGUCUCGUUCGUUCGUUUCUCAAUCCACUUGUCCUGGUGAGGGUCGCGGCUGCAGAAUGUUGAGUAGGGCGGUGCAGACCUCCCUUUCCCUGGCGAUAGGCUCUAGCUAUUCCUGGGGAAUUCCCAGGCGUUCCCAGGCCAGCCGAGCGACAUCGUCCCACUAGCGUCUCCUGGGCCAGCCCAGUAUUAAGGUGUUAUUGGCCAAUGUUGUCAUGUGUGAGGAAACCGGAGCACCCGGAGAAAAUCCAGGGGUGUGAGGGGAAACCACUCUAUCCGGUACAGACGAAACCAUGUGGCGUCAACCUGUUUGCUGGACCAGCUUCUCCUGGAGAUCCAGGGUACGGCUCCUCCUCGACGCCCACAGGAAGGGACUUUCGCAACACUCGUGUGAUCCACCAACCCUGCCUCCACGUCGCUGGACUACAAUCGCGCGAUACCACUGCCAUCCGCUGGAAACAAAGGAUAUGAUUACAAAAAAAUACUACUUUGGUUAAGGUGUGAAUACAAAACAACCCGCGGUAGUCUUUCUACAGAAUUGUUUUCAAUGUAAGUGUAAAGUAAUUUUCACUUUUAUAAAUGCAGAGUUUUGCUAUAUUCAGUCGUAAUUUUGGUGUUUAUGAUUAACAAGAUUUUUCUUCAAUUUAAUUAAAAAAUGAUGGCCACCUCCCAGCUGCCCCUAGGUUUCGAGGCAACGCACCUACCUACCACCCCACUGCUGACUCCUGCCUUGGCCACCACUCAAUUCAUUCACCAUCAACCGAUUUAAUCGCCCUUUCAAUACCAUCCACAUGCAGAGAGAGGUUUUUUUUUUCCAUAGAGCCACAACUUAUGAACAGUCGCCAAGACCACGAUGCAUGCAUGUCUGGCUGUGUCGAUAGAUUUAGACGAUGAUGUCAUAUCCUGCUGUGAGUGUCUCACGCGUCGGGCCUCAAACACUUGCGCUCAGCUCGCGCCACUCUGUGGCUUUCAAAGAUGCACUGGAAAGUGGCUCGGCUCGGCCUCGGCGUCAUGGAAAUCCUGAGCAUGGCUGGGAUCGCGCUCGGAGCCGGCUCGCUGGAGCUGGCAAAAAUACACGAGCCUUGUUCUGUUGGAAGACAGCAUAGGAAGCGAUGCCGUUUGUGUUGUUUCUCCAAACUCGCCACGAUGCACUGGGUGACAAUCGGAUUAAUUUGCCGGUUCGAAUGGACUCCAACUCUCGGACACAAUUAUCCACAUCGCCCCCACAAUGCCUUGCGGGGCCAGCCAUGGCCUAUGUUGCAAUCUUGACGAACAAAUGUGUUUGACUAUGAAUUCGAUCGUGAAGAGUCUUAAAGCCACCAGUUAGGAGGAGAUCUGGCCACGUAUAAAUAAUAAUAUCAUAGAGGGGUUGUUUAGGGGUUAGCUCGCGUGAAUAUAAAUGUGUCGUUAAACCCGCCACCACGUGACAGCCAAUAAGUAAAGUUAGUCACGUACACAAAAUGUGUCAAUUAGUUACUACAGCACACCGGUGUGUGGAAGAGUAAACCCACAACAUUUACACGAUCUUACCCAAAAAAACGUCUGGAUAAUAUUGGUCGCGAAGACCUUAGGUGAUGAACUAAAUAAUGUAUUUAAUGUGACAAUCUCGUCAGUGGUGAAGGGAUAACGACAGGAACUUUGGCAGAAAACUAGCCAUGUGCCAAAACAAAAAACAAAUAUGGAUCAUUGUAGUGGCUACAAAAACCUGUGUGCGAAGCAAAACACGUUUCUUUGUGUGUCUUCCCCCGUGCGCAAUGUUUCAAUGCUCCCGACAGCUGAUUGCCCUGAUGAGCUCCCCCUCAGGCCAGGUCUGCCACCUGUAAACAUUGUGCUCUCUCUCAUCUGGACCUUAGACUUAAGCUUCUGAUCGGAGACCUCCUCACCUAACGCCCAAAAAUAGUUUCUUUGCUUUGAGAGGAAUACCAAGCGCCCCGCAUCGAGUGCUGGUCCAUCGCUGUGCUGUCGGCUUAACGUCCAGUCUGAUGCACCAAUGUGCUCUGUGUUUUGCUACAAAGUCGCAGUAAUGGGUGAGACAGGAUUAUUGAAGAGACUUCAAAAGUAGUUAUCCGAUAUCUUCUGGGGUCGUUUUUUGUUUUUGUUGACACGAUGGGAAGCACCACUGAGUGACUGACUGACGGGUUCCCACGGGAGAUCACGUUGAAUUUGUGCCGUUUAGAGAAUACGCUCCCAACACGCCGAACAACACGCGGCGCAACAGCGAAACACGUGGGAGAGCUCUUCAUGCUGCGUCCGUAAAUCACUGGAGACCGAUAAUGAUCGAACAGGUGGGCUUUCAACCAAAUGUGCGCAGCGUUUAAAGGAAAUAACGUCAUCCCUGUUUGAAAAUAAGAAGGUUUUACCCUUUUUGGCAAUAAAACACCAAAUAUCAACCUUUUUCAAGGAAUCAAGUACUGCAUUAAGCACACAUGGUACAUGCGGUGAACAUGCAAACAAACAUACUCUGAUAAUAUAUGGCAUUGUCUUUGAAAGUGAUUGGUCUCCACCAGAGAUAGUCUUUUUUAGGGCCUAGUCUCACCAGUGUCAGACGAGAGAACGCCAAAAGGCGGAAAGUAACUCAUCUAGCUCCACCUCUACUGGUAGAGCUGCAGGUUUAGAUUUAAUUUCCAAACGUGAUCUUAAAGUUAGUCUCUUGCCAUCGACGAUCCACUGUAACCUGGCGUCUUGACGAGGUCAUCCUCCUGAGACACUUGUGUCGAUGCUGGGUCUCUCCAGCGUCACACCAGAGAACGCCAAAAGGCGUCAGCAUGUUUGCUUGCAUGCUCACCACAAGUACGCGUGGUUACUGCUAACUUGAUUCAUUGUCAAAGGUUUUUAUUUGGUGUGUUUUAUUUUGCUUGCCACCUGUUUUAUUUUCCAGAAAGGGUGAUUCCUAUUCCUAUCUUUUCAUACGUUGAUACUGGAAAAAAGAUCCCAUAACGACUUUCCUGUUUGGCCACGUUACAGAAACCUCCCCCGACCACCCCCACAAAAGCGCAACUUGAUUUCACAAUGUUCCACUCUUCUCUUACCGGCGCGAAUUCAAUUCCGCCGCUCCAGUUUCUCAAAUCGCGUGAAUCCGUUCAGCUUGAUUAGCGCCGAUUGCGUCUGUAAUGGAGCCCAGACUUGGUGGAUUAAGCGAAGUUGUUUACCCCGCGGAUUUUGGAAGUGCGCCUGUUUCUUUAGACACAUCUGGUACCCCCCCAACUACCCCGGCGUCAAUGUCCAGGUGCUUGAGAAAUCGAAUUGCGGGGUUUCAUUGACCCCAUGACCUGCCCUCGCGUCUGGCUUGUGCCGUUUGUUCAAAGAUGCUGUUGUGCAGCGAGUAAAAACAAACUUGCUGGGCAGAGUUCAAAUCGUAAUUGAGACGUAUAUUAUUCAUAAUCAUGUUUUUUUUUAAUAUGUGGGUUAUAUCGUGUUCAGUAUAAACGCGUUGUUAACCCACCACCACCCGACACAGCCAACCAGGAAGGUUUGUCACGUCAACAACACGUGGCCAAUUCGUUACUGCUUCAGCCCACUGGUGUGUUGCAGAGUAAAUCCGCAACAUUUACAAUUUGAGUACCGUGACGUUUCGCUGGUAAUUACGUCCCGAUAAUGCUGGAUGUAGUUACCAGCUCACGUGGAGCACCGAUGAUGCUGGAUGUGAUUACCAGCUCACGUGGGGCACCGAUGAUGCUGGAUGUAGUUACCAGCUCACGUGGAGCACCGAUGAUGCUGGAUGUGAUUACCAGCUCACGUGGGGCACCGAUGAUGCUGGAUGUAGUUACCAGCUCACGUGGGGCACCGAUGAUGCUCGAUGUAGUUACCAGAUCACGUGGGGCACCGAUGAUGCUGGAUGUAGUUACCAGAUCACGUUGGGCACCGAUGAUGCUGGAUGUAGUUACCAGCUCACGUGGAGCACCGAUGAUGCUGGAUGUGAUUACCAGCUCACGUGGGGCACCGAUGAUGCUGGAUGUAGUUACCAGCUCACGUGGGGCACCGAUGAUGCUGGAUGUAGUUACCAGCUCACGUGGAGCACUGAUGAUGCUGGAUGUCAUUACCAGCUCACGUGGGGCACCGAUGAUGCUGGAUGUAGUUACCAGCUCACGUGGGGCACCGAUGAUGCUGGAUGUAGUUACCAGCUCACGUGGGGCACCGAUGAUGCUGGAUGUAAUUACCAGAUCACGUGGGGCACCGAUGAUGCUCGAUGUAAUUACCAGCUCACGUGGGGCACCGAUGAUGCUGGAUGUAGUUACCAGCUCACAUGGGGCACCGAUGAUGCUGGAUGUAGUUACCAGAUCACGUGGGGCACCGAUGAUGCUGGAUGUAGUUACCAGCUCACGUGGAGCACCGAUGAUGUUGGAUGUAGUUACCAGCUCACGUGAGGCACCGAUGAUGCUGGAUGUAGUUACCAGCUCACGUGGGGCACCGAUGAUGCUGGAUGUAGUUACCAGCUCACGUGGGGUACCGAUGAUGCUGGAUGUAGUUACCAGCUCACGUGGGGCACCGAUGAUGCUGGAUGUAGUUACCAGCUCACGUGGAGCACUGAUGAUGCUGGAUGUCAUUACCAGCUCACGUGGGGCACUGAUGAUGCUGGAUGUAGUUACCAGCUCACGUGGGGCACCGAUGAUGCUGGAUGUAGUUACCAGCUCACGUGGGGCGCCGAUGAUGCUGGAUGUAAUUACCAGCUCACGUGGGGCACCGAUGAUGCUGGAUGUAGUUACCAGCUCACGUGGGGCACCGAUGAUGCUGGAUGUAGUUACCAGCUCACGUGGAGCACCGAUGAUGUUGGAUGUAGUUACCAGCUCACGUGAGGCACCGAUGAUGCUGGAUGUAGUUACCAGCUCACGUGGGGUACCGAUGAUGCUGGAUGUAGUUACCAGCUCACGUGGGGCACCGAUGAUGCUGGAUGUAGUUACCAGCUCACGUGGAGCACUGAUGAUGCUGGAUGUCAUUACCAGCUCACGUGGGGCACUGAUGAUGCUGGAUGUAGUUACCAGCUCACGUGGGGCACCGAUGAUGCUGGAUGUAGUUACCAGCUCACGUGGGGCGCCGAUGAUGCUGGAUGUAAUUACCAGCUCACGUGGGGCACCGAUGAUGCUGGAUGUAGUUACCAGAUCACGUGGGGCACCGAUGAUGCUGGAUGUAGUUACCAGCUCACGUGGAGCACCGAUGAUGUUGGAUGUAGUUACCAGCUCACGUGAGGCACCGAUGAUGCUGGAUGUAGUUACCAGCUCACGUGGGGCACCGAUGAUGCUGGAUGUAGUUACCAGCUCACGUGGGGCGUCGCGAUGGGGUUUCGGCGCACCGUAAAGCGGACGCCGCUUGCUGAGAUGCCGAGUUGUGAUUUGGGAUUUUUUGGCCUUGGCCGUCUGUUGGUUAUUUUGGUGUUUUAAGAGGAGCAAGUUAAUGGUCCGAGCUUCGUCCAACAAUGACUAAAACGUCCCUUUUUGUUUGUUUGUUGUUCACACACCGGUCACUUUAGCCCAACUGUGAAGAGACAACGUCAACGCUGAAUCUGCUGCGGAGAGAAAUGUCAUUGGAAGUGGUGCCCGUCUCUGCGUAUGUUCGUGUGUGGAACCAGAGUUGGAUAACUUUAUUGACACCGGGCACAAGUUUGAGGGGGCGCGUCUUAUAAUCCAGAGAAUACAGCACUGCACGACUUUCAAUUACCGUUCCGCGAAACGGAACUGCAGUACUCGUAAGACAAUAACGAAAGCGUCGAUGAAUGAUGAAACAGUCAGCAGUGCGAGCGGGCAGUCUCGAUCCACGACAGUCGCGCGUGUUCGCAGGAGCUGCUGCUGCUGGGAAUGUGGCGAGUUCCUUGCGCUCGGGCGGCACCGCGAUCCGCCGCGACAUCUGCCUCGCCCCUGCCCCGAGCGGAGUCCGUCAACCGCUGCCCAUGAAUUCCUUUCCAUCUUUAGGGGGCCGCCGUGCCACCGACGCGGCCGAGCGCGACCCCAAGGCGGCCGCCUCAACUCCCUCUCCCCGCCUCGUCACCUGCCGUGUUCCGUUACCCGCAAAUGUGGCGACGAAUGAAUGCGCAGUUCGUGCGAGGUGCCCAGGCAUCCCAGUCACACGGAAUCUCGUCGGAUUUCAGAAGCUGAUGGGGGUUUGAGCCUUGAUCGUGCUUGUAUACGGUGCCACGGUGGUGAUGUUAACUACCUCGGCUGGUAUACAGGAGGCCGUGGGUUCGAUCUCGACCCUGACGCC